ACUUCUUAUGCACUUUUAUGCACUCUAUGUAUUAUUGGAUCUAAAAUGGUUUCUCCAAUUACACGACAAAUAUCUAUAUGACAUUUACUCGCAACCUGCAUUCAUAAAUAAUAAUAAAAAUAGGAUAUCAAAACUAUUGUUUUUUUUUUUUUUUUAUUUAAAUAAUAAUAACAGAUUGAUAAAUAAUAUUUUGAGGUUAUUAUUGUCUUUUUAUUCGCCAUUUUGUUCUGCAAGUUUCAAUAUGUAAUGUUAAUAUUAUUAUAAUUGUGUAAAUUCACAAUAAAUUAAUUGAAAAAAAAAUCAAAAUGCAAUUAAAAUUUUUGUGAUAAUUAUUUAUCUAAUUUUAUACAUGUGUUUUUUAACGUGAAAACAAUCAAGAUUUAUAAUCAAUUUUUUUUUAUAUUUUUAAAACUUUUUUUUUUUUAUUAAAAAUAUAAUAAGUGGAAAAAAAAAAAAGUGUAUAUAUUUUUCAUUUUAACACGCUGGCAAAUUAACUCCUGGAAUGCCAACCAAUUGACAGAUAAAAAUGAUGGUAAAAACCACAAUAACAACAACAACAACAAUAAUAACAACAACAGCAAGACGGAAAAAGGGGUCCACAAUUGUUCACAGUUGGGUGAAUCGUCUACCAACCUUAAAAUAAUAAUAAUAAAUAUAUUUUUCAUUUUAAAAUGAAUAAAACACAAGAAAAUUUAUCAAUUACUCCAAUGGAUGAUAAUCAAUUAAUUCAUAGUAAAGAAUCAGACCUAGUGAAUGGGCCAAAUCCUUGGCUGCCUGCAUAUGGCUUUCAACAAAGUCACUUUCAAUCAUCAGCUGAUGAUGAUGAUGAUUCACGUACAAAUGAAAGUACACUGGUGCAACAGGUUGAUUUUUUGGAGACAAUAUUAGAAGAAACAUCUGAUGAUUUACACAGUGAUUCUGAUAAAAGUGGUACAACUUAUUGGUUUGGCUCUGAUUCUGAAACUGAAAGUGUUAUACAUAUUAAAACAGCUCAAAAAACAAGUGAAACAAAUGGAAGUCAAAGUGGUAGUGAAUCCAACUCAGUUGUUCCUAAAAAACGUCGUAGAAAAAAUAAACCUGGUGAUUUUGAUAAUCUUAAUCUUAUUGGUUGGGCAUCACCACGUUCAUCAAGGUCAUCAUCAUCAAGAUCAUCAUCCUUAGUUCAAUUUGAAACUCUUGAACGUACUUGUGCAACAGUUUCACCGUCUGGCUAUAGUUAUGAUUCACUUGAAUUAUUUACAAAUAAUGCUAAUUUACAAAAUGAUAAUACAUCACCUGACAGUCUUGAAGCUGAUGAAAAUGAUGUGUCAACAACACGUUUUGCCUUGAAUAUCAAUAAACCAAAUGAUUUUACAAAAAUACGUCCAUAUAAAAGUUUUGAGAGUCUUGAUGUUUGUCAUAAAAAUAAUAAUGAGCUAAUGAGUAACAAUGAUUUUUCAUCAUUAAUGUCACAAAAAACUAGUAAUGAUUUAAGAGGACGUCGGCAAAAUAGUUGGAAUGAUAAUUAUGAUGAUGAAGAUAACGAGUAUGAAGCUGACUCUGAUGAUCUUGACAAUUCCAAUCAAAACAGUCGUGUAAAUAAUUAUUACGAUGAUGAUGAUGAUGAGGAUGAUGAGGAUGAUGAUCGACCCCGGGUAUUACAAGUAACAUUUGGUGAUUCUUAUUCAACGUCCUUGGAUUAUCGUAAUACAAUUGAUUUACGUGAUAUUGGUAUUGAAAAGAAAAAGCCUGGUAUAAUAUUGGACUUGGCACGCACACAAAUUGGCUCGACGUCGUCGGGACUACAUCAAUCAAUUCUAAAUUUAGCUGCAGCAAGCAAUAUGGCGUCAAAUGUAACAUCAUAUAAUCAUCAACGUUAUGGACAUCAUCAUCAUCAUCACCAUCACCAUCAUCACCAUCUUCAUCAUCAUCAGCAGCACCACCACCAUGACAACGAUGAUUACAACGACAAUGAAGACGAUAAUGAUAAUGAUGAUGAUCCCCACUACCAAAAAAAUGAGCUAGAACAAGAUUGGUAUACAAGUUAUUUUAAUUUUAGACCACAAAGUUUGCCCAGUCUUGCGAGUGCUUUUAAUGAGUUCACAACACAAAAUAAUACUAAAAAUAAUUAUAAAAAAUUAAAUUUAUCUGAUAAUUAUACAAAAGUAACAAGUUUACCAAUUGAUUUAAAUAUAUGUGGUUAUUAUUCAAGUAAAAAUAAUGAUAAAGAUAAUUUAUUAAAUAAAAUGGCUGAAGAUAAUUUACAAAAUAAUAACGAAAUAAUGGAAGUUGAAAAAAAAAAUAUUCCAAAAAGAACACCAUCAGUAAGAACACAAAAAUGUUUAAAUAAUGGUAUUGAUAAUAUUGAUAAUAUUCGUAUUACAAGCAAUUCAUUAGAAAAUAAUAGUAUACAAUUAAACAACAAUGAAUUAUUUUUUGAUAAUAAUGAACAAAGAAAAACAGUUAAAACUCAAGAUCCAAGUAAUAAUGUAUUGGAAAUGGCAAUUGCAUUAGAAAAUGACAUUGAUUUAGUUGUAGACGAGGCUAUUAAACAAUAUAAAUUGAGACAUGACGAAACAGGUAUCGUCAUUGAUGAUGAUGAUGAUAAUGCUGCAUUAAAAGCAAUGGAAACAAUUAAAAAUAUAUCAUUGCCAAAAAAACAAUCAAGAAAAGUCAAGAACAAUGCUAGUUAUGAGUUGGCCCAACAGUGGGAAAUUAAUGAAAUAACUAAUUUUAAUAAAUCAAAUGAUGAUGAUAAUAAUGAUGAUGUUGAAAAAAAAGAAAAAGAAGAAAAAGACGGAGGUUCUUCACCAAGAAGACAAAGACGCUUUUAUAAUAAUCCAAGUUAUGAAUUGGCUCAACAAUCUGAUUAUAUAAAAAUAAUUUCAACUCGUCAGUUUAAACGUAUGGAUGCUUGUAGCGAAUUGGCUGAAGCAACAUCGCUCACAUCAGCCGACAGUAUGCUGAGUCAGAUAAAAAAAAACUCGGUUAUAUUUUCAGAUUCUGGAAAAAAUGAUAAUAAUCAUAAUAAUUACGACGAGACUGAUAUUGUUCCCUGUUUGGAAAAAAAUCCCAUAGAUGAAAAAAUUAAAAAGACAAGUAUUGACAAUAAUAUUAAUAAUAAAAAUAAUAAUAAUAAUAAUGAAAAUAAUAAUAAUAAUAGUAAUAAUAAUAAUAGACAAAUGUCGUUUUUGGGUAAUUUGUAUCCAAAUGUUAAUGAUAAUAUUAGACAAGAUUCAACAAAUUGUGUUGAAAAUUUAAACAUUGAAAUAAUAAAAAUGGAAAAUCCUGAUGAUGUUGUUGAUGAUGAUGAUGAUAAAGAAAAAAUGGAGAAGGAGAAAAAAGUAGUGGCGGUAGAAAAUCAUGAGAAACAACACAACAGUACAGAGUUGUGCGAGACACCGACAAGUACAAGUGAUGAAAUUAAUUUACAUAAUAAUAAUAUAAAAAAAAAUACAGCUGAUGAUAUUAUUUUAAAAGAAAUGUCAUCAAUUGCAGCAAAACGUUUAGCUGAAUCAUCAUCAAUAAAUUCAUUGACAAAUAAAGAUAUACCAACAAUAUCAAUUAAUGAAAGAAAAGAAAAAAAAGGUGGUCUUGGUGGUUUUUUACAAAGAUUUUCAAAAUUAAGAUUUAGUGGAAGAAGUAAAGUACCAAAAUCAGAAAUAAAUAAGACUGAUGUUUCUAAUAAUAAGACAAAAAAAUAUGAUUAUUCAGCUGUUAAAACAGAACCAGAUUAUAUAAUAAUACCGUUGCAUCCACCAGUGGAAGAUGAAAAAAUUAAACAAGAACAAGAUGCAUUUUUAAAAAGACCAGUUGAUCUUGAACGAAGUGCCUCGUGUCUUGGAAAAAAUGGGAGGCCGCCAGUAUGCAGCAGUAAACCACCCUUGCCACCUCAACAGCAGCACCAGCAACAUCAACAUAAUCUACGUGGCGCUUGUGCACCAAGUCCAUCAACCCGAAAUAAUAAAACAACGGGCGUAACCAUGAAUUCGCGCCGGCGCGCAACAACUGAUCUUGGCAAUCCGAUUGCGAUUGAAAUGGCGAAAGCUCGUACAAUGCAACAUCAUCAAAAUCAUCAGACCUGGUGUGAUCAACAAGAACAACAUCAUCAACAACAACAACGUCCAAUUGGUCUUCUUGAAACUGAUAUUGAUGCCGAACCUACAAACGAUCAUCAAAGAUCAUCAAGUAAUUCCGGCGAAAAAAAAACUCAAAGUUUAUUAAAUUUAAAUCAUACAUCACGUCAUCAUCAUCAUCAAGACAAUACUCAAGAUAACAUCAAUGACAACGUAUUACGUGUACCAUCAUCAUCAUCUGGCUGUAGAAAUUCAAAUGAUCACUGUGAUCACAGUGGAAAAAUAAAUCAACGACCACAUAAAUCCAUGGAGUUUUUGCUUGAUAAAGAAAAUCUGCAUUUUGUCAAGCCACCAGAGAAUGAACUCCAAAAAGUUGGUGAACGUGUACCAAGUGAGCAUGAAUUGCGUGUUCAAAGAUCAUUGCAACGUUUGAACGUACCUGAUUGGUAUAAAAAUUCAUUAACAGCACGUGAUGGUGGUUUUAGAUUAAAAAGACACUCAGAUGCAUCACAGCAUGGUGGCUGGCGAUCACUUGGAUCAAAAACAACAUCAUUGUCUUCAUUAUCAUCAUCCUCUAAUCGUCAAAAUACAACUGGUCCUUUACUGAGUCCCAGUCCAACACCACCAGUAUUUUCAAGAUGGAGUACUAGUUUAUUAAAUAGUGCUGGUAGUUCACCAGCAAAUUCAGCAAGAUCGUCAUUUAAUCAUCGACAACCAUAUCUUGGUUGGCGAUCACAAGAACGUCUUGCUAAUCCUCGAACACCAGCUGAACGUCUUGCUCAAGGUAUACUUCCUCAGCUGCAAACAACUAAAAAGAAUCAGCAGACGAGUCAACAGCUUGAAGUUAGAAAUUCAAUAAAGGAAGUAACAUCAGCAAUAGUACACUAUGUGCAAAGUGGCCACGAGAAUAGUGGUGGUGGUGGUGAUGGUGGUGUUGGUGAAUAUGAUGAUGGAAGAUUGUCACCUCGGCCUCGACCCGACGAGUGGGACGACAGGGCUGGCGGAAAAUCCAUGAGCCCCAGAGGAAGCGUUAAAUUGUGCUGGAUGGAAAGCUCAUUUGUUGGUACACGACCAGUUGAUUCACCGGAAACACCAAUAAGCCUUCCAACAGAUACUGAAUGUAAUGCUGUUGGUAGUGAUUCAUGCAGCUGUAUUGUUGAUACAUCAACAUCUGAAUUAUAUCUUAAUUUAACACCAAAAAAAAAGAAUACAUCAAGUGAUUAUAAUAGUAUGUUAAAUUUUAAUAAAAAUAAUGGUAUUUGUCCAUUAUCGCGUAAUCAUCAUCAUCAACGACUAGUGCAGCAACGACAACACCGCGGAUCGGGACAGAGCGAUGAAGAGGAUCAAGUGACCAGAGCAACAGCUCAUUUACAUAAUAAACCAAGUCCUGGUUCAACAACACUUGAGGAUGUACUUGACUCACUUCUUGGUCUACCACCAACAUCACGUACACCAAGUCCUGGCCCUGGUGGAGCAAUUAUUCAUCACUAUCAUCAUCAUCAUCAUCAUCAUCACCAUAAUAAAAUAACAACAACAUCAACAACAACAUCAUCAUCAUCACCAUCAACAACGACAACAACAACAACAACAAAUAAUAAUAAAAAUGGAAAUAGCUACAAUGAAGUACAUCAAGACCUCCACGAUAGGAGGACUAUAGUUCGCUAAUGAUAGAGAGGAUGGAAAAAUUUUGGCAUCUGGAAAUAGACAAGAGGAAGUAUUAUCAUCAUCAAAUAUUGUUGGUCAACUUGUUCGUCGUAAAAGUGAGGGAUCAGAUAUUAUUCCACCAUACAGAUCAUCAUCACGAGGAAGUAAUAUUCAUUCACAUCAUCAUAAUAAUAAUCAUCAUCGUCGUGUAUCAUUUGAUAAUACCCAGGAUAAUGGUGGUACAUAUGCUGCAACAAGUAACAAAGUUGUUAGAUGCCGUAAUAAUAAAUGUAACAAUACAACAAGUCAAACAGAGGCACGUCAAGUAUACAAGAGUUGUCAUAAUUGUACAUAUCUCUAUUGCUCAAAAGAAUGUAGAAGAGCCCAUUGGCAACGUCAUCGAAAAACUUGUUUACAUUAUCGUGCUGGAACAUUGUGUCGUCAAAUUUUAUCAUCAGCUAAAGAGGAUCAAGCUUGUCUUCGGCAUAUAUCAACAUUAGCUAAACAAGGAUACACAUCACAUGGUCGUGGUGUUGUUAAAUGUUUUUUUUCAAGUCCUGAAAUUGCUGAACAAUUUAUUAGUAAUGGCUUUAAAGAUCUUGGUGAACCAACAUAUGUCAGAUGGUUAGAUCUUUUACCAAGUGAAAUGGGUGCUGAACUUUAUUCUGAAGUUAUGAGAUUAUGUAAAACUUAUAAUCCAGAAACAAGAUUAGUACUUUAUGUUGCUGUUUGUGUUGUUAGUGAAGUACCAUCAAAUGGUGCUGUUCGUUGGGAAAGACAACUUGUAUCAAGAUGCGGUAAAAUACGUCUUGAUUCAACAGUAAGACAUCAAUCAAAUUCAUCAAUAACAGUAUCAGCUUCAUCAUCAUCAUUACAAACAACUGUACAACCAGUUAAACAACAAACUUCAUCACAAAUUUGUAAUAUAACUCGUGAAAUGGAUUCACCAGAAACUCUUGUAUUGACAUCAUCACCUUCAAUUGAUGGACAAAUAUCAAAUAAAAAAACACGUGAAAUUGGAUUUAAUAAUAUACAAAUACAAUUGAGACAACGUGGUGUAUCAUUGAGACGACAUUUUCCUCAAGUUUAUAAAAAGCUAUGUUCAUAUGUUGAUGGAACUGUUGAUAAAUUUGCACCAGUAACUAUUUAUCCAAGGGAUCAAGUAUCUGGUAAAAGUUUCAUGUGCAUAAUUAUGCUAGAAGCUGAACCAGAAAGACUUCAAAUAUUACCAACUGAUUCAUCACGAGUACGAACUGUUGAUAUUAGUGUUGAACAAGAAUAAAUCAUUGUUAAUCAUCGCACAAGUUCAGAUUAUUAUUAUUAUUUUAUUAUUAUUAUUUUCAACGAAUAAUUAUUUAUUAUAUAAUAAAGAAUAAAAUAUAUUGCUCAUUUACGCAAUGAAUGGUGGAGCGAAAUCAAAUAAAAAGUGCCAAAUAAUAAUA